AUGGUGAAGAUCUUUGUCGGCAACCUUAAUCCCAGUUCAAAGUCUGCAGAGUUGAGGAAGAAGUUUGAGAAGUUCGGAAAGGUCACCGAAUGCGAUAUCGUUAAUAAUUAUGCCUUUGUACAUAUGGAAAACGAAUCUGAUGCCAAAGCAGCCAUUUCUUCCCUUCAUAACUCCGAUUUUGAUGGGUCAAAAAUAAAUGUAGAACACAGUCAUGGUAAGCGCGGUGGUGCUGGCUCCGGCGGCGGCCCUAUGCGUCGGCGCUUCGAGCAGGGCCGUGGACCUAGAGAUUAUCCCCCUGAGAGGUUCAGAGGACCCCCUCGAAAUUACAUGAGUGGACCCCCUCCACCAAGUUCAAGGAGCGAACGUUAUGGUCAGCCGGGAUGGGAUGAGGUAUGUCCAUUCCGUAAUUAUGACCUUUCUCUACCUGACCUAAUCAUAUUCUUAUUUAAUUUAGGAGGUUAUGAUUACCCUCCUAGCGGUCCUGGGAGCAGAUAUCCACCUGAUCCGGUCCGGCCUCGUGAGGGUCGGGCUCCAAUGAUGCCCGAGUCUGGCUAUCGUAGUGCACCAUCCCGAGAGCAGAUGCCUCCACCAACCCGGGACUAUCCUCCCAAGGAGAGUCGCCGCUAUGAUUCUUACGAUGGAUACAGCGCGGACAGCUACGAUCGUUACCGAGACUCCGCCCCGGCUCCUCCAAGUCAUCCUCGACAAGAUUAUUACGAGAACUAUGGCAGCUAUUCUAGCGGAGGGACGGCUGCUGCUGGAAACUACGACUAUCCGUACGUCCUCUCUUCCUAUCAUUUAGCUCGACAGACUUCGCUUUACACUGGGUCCGCUGAUUACCGAGAUUCAAGGUCGGUCAGUGGUGCUCCGUCAUCUGGUUCUUACAAUGGUGGCUACGAUUAUGGCAGCUAUUAUGAUUACGGUCGGGAAGGUCGUUCGACUGCUCCUCCACAGCCUAGUCGCUCGGGCUACUCAUACGGCCGUCCUUAA